AUGAGUGGUUCUCGCCUUUCCUUGUUCUUUCUCUCUCGCUGCAAUUUGGUCUUACAAGGCGAUCAAUAUUCGCUUUUCAAUAGGGCUGUAUUCGAGCAAGAAGCAAGCCGUGCGAAAAGGAUAAAUCAAAAGAACAGAAGAGGCCAAGAUUUCCUGUACCUUCACGAACCACCAAACCAGAGUGAAUUUUCAGAGUUUCACUCAAGCCCUUCCAGCAGGAAGACCAGAUUAUCCGUCAGUCAAUCUCUGGCAUGGGUUCCCAUCUUUGAGAUUGCCGCUUACGUGCUUUGCCUCGCCGCGUUUCCCGUCGGUGGAAACAGUAUAUUAUAUAGAUGCGGAUGUUCUCUAUGGUGCGGGCGAUAUUUCCUCUUAUGGCCUCCAUACAUUAUUCGGUAG